GACGUCAUCGCGCUGCCUGCCCGGAAGUGACUCUCCAGUCGGCGGAGACGGCAGAAGCGGUCAGUGGGUAACGGCGGGAGUGCGGUUACUAUGGGAGCGAACGGCGAGGAGGGAAGCCAAGCUGGUGGCGUGCCAGAGUCCGAGGGUCCAAGUACGAAUCCCUGGAACAUCAUGAUUAAACACCGCCAAGUUGCCCGACGGGGUCGGAGAUCUCAGAUGGCAGUGAGCUUCACCAAUCCAAAUAUAUCCAUGGAUUUGUUGCGAGCUGUUCUGCAGCCCCACAUCAAUGAGGAAAUCCGUGUUGUAAUCAACAAAUACACCAAGUUUUUCCAGAAAGCUGCGUGUAAUGUGAAGGAAAAUAUUGGCGAAGAUGUAGACAUUGAGCAACUGGUGCAAGAAACCUGUAAAAACUGUUUGGAACAGGCUAAGAUGAUGUACUCAGAUGGAGGGAAGAUGAUUACUAAACCCAUUGGAGACACUUCUGCUACAAAGCGUUCACGACAGAUGGAGGAUGACCUAAGCCAGAGGGGAAGUCCAGUCCCAAAGAAGAGGAAAGGACGGCCACCAGGGCAUCUGAUGUCUUUUGACCGGACAGCACCAAAUGCUGCGAUCGCAAAGGUUAAGUACGCUGAGCCAAUAAAACGAGAAGGACCAAAGUGGGACCCAGCCAGACUAAACUCAUCAACCACAUUUGCGCUUGGAUCACGUGCAAACAAAGCCUUGGGAAUGGGUGGCACUCGUGGAAGAAUCUACAUAAAGCAUCCUGAACUAUUCAAGUAUUCUGCAGACUCGCAGGACAAGCACUGGCUUGGAGAAAAGCAUCAUAUGCCAGCCACAGGGGGCAAGAUGGCCUACCUGCUAAUAGAAGAUGACAUUCGAGAACUUGCAGCCAAUGAUGACUACAGGGACUGUCCUGAGCUGAGAUUGGACGAGCUCCGACCAUUUAUUGUUCCAAUGUGGAUGCUGGAGAAGAUGCAGAAAUACAUGAUUGCUGUACGGACAGAGAAGGAAUAGGAAGUCAUCCUGCAAUGGGGAGGGAAGGAUGGUUAUGAUGGAAGUUUUUAUUGCCAAGAUUGCCCAGGCAUCUGGUGGUAUAAUUAGUCCUUUGACGCACAGGAUACUCCUAGUUUCUAUCACUAUCGUUCCUGAAAGUGAUCCUCGUUGUACGUACCUCAGAAUCAUCAAAUGAGCACAAUACAUUGAAAAGACCAGGAUUGGUCAUUGUAUGAACUAAGUGAAUUUGGUCACACCUAAAUUGUGCCCUACAUAAUUGUGCUCUGUAAAGCCUGCAUCUUAAGUUUUCUCAGGUGUCCAGUUGAUUCUUGGAGGAAUCUGCACCAACAAGAAAUGUAUCUGUGCAAUGGCUGAGUUGCAAUAGCCUUAAACCUAAAGCUAGCUUUAAGCUAAGCUAAUAGCAACUGUUCCAAACAUUGUUCAAGUGGGUGAGAGGAGCCAUCAUCACUGAGCUGGAUGGUGUCUUCCACCAAUUGAAUGGAUUGAACCCUUAUCCUUUCAGUAAUAAGUGUGUUAAUUAUCACUAGUUAAUAUCAUAAUGAAGAGGUUUGAUUGAGCAGCUUUGGAGCUUGUGCAAUUACAUCAAGAAUAGGGCACAAUAUAGAUAGCAAUGGUAAAAGGAUGUGAUUACAAAUAAUAAGUCUUCAUCAACCUGGUGAAUAUAAAGCUAUUGUCAUUUCCUCUGCCACAUCAGUUUCCUGAGGCUGGAGUAUUUUGAGGCAAGCUGUCCUAUCCUCUGGUAUUGAUGUUACUGGCUUUUAGUACUGCAGUUGAAUCCAGCACGGGGCAUGUUCGCAGGGUGACUGCUUCAAAACAUGAGGUUUAUAUUGUGUAGACUUAGAAAUGAGGCUGAAUUGUUAGUGCUGGACGUUUCCCUCGAGCUGAUGUAAAUCAGAAACACAAAAAAAUCAAAAACAAGCUUCUACCAUGUCUGUCUAUUUAACUUUUUAAGUUUGCAGAUUUGUAUCUUUCUUACGCUUGUCUUUAAUUAAAAGUUGUGUUUUCUUUCCCCCCCCCC